UUCCCAUGUGGUUAAACUACGCCAUGAAUUUAAAGCAAUAACCGCUCUAACGUGCGGCUGAUUCUCCCCAAAAAUGUUGUUUGGGAAAGAUGUGCCAUGGCGGCGACUGGAGGGCAUGUCGUUUGGCAUGUACUCUACCGAAGAGAUAAGGAAGCUGAGUGUGAAGGCGAUCACCAACUUCAGGUUCCUCGACAGCGUUGGGAACGUGGCCCCGAACAGCCUGUACGACCUGGCCCUCGGGCCAGCAGACAGCAAAGAGGUGUGUUCAACCUGCUGUCAGGACUUCAACAACUGUCCAGGACACCUGGGACAUGUAGAGCUACCUCUCCCUGUAUACAACCCGCUGUUCUUUGAUAAACUCUACAUGUUUAUUCGUGGCUCCUGUCUUUCGUGUCACAUGUUAACAUGUCCCCGAGCUGCCAUCCACCUGCUCCUCAACCAACUGAGGUUAGUGGACCAUGGGGCCAUGCAGGAGGUCUACCAAAUAGAGCAAGUUCUCUUCCAGCACCUGGAGGCAAACCCUAAAGCCACUGGAGAUGAGAUCGGGCAGGUGCUGAAGCAGUUUACAGACACCGUACUUGGAGUGAACGCUGAGGGUUCCAAAAACACCAGACCGAUCAAACUCCUCGUGGAAAAGAAGAACAGUUUGAUAGGUGAUUUCUGGAGGAUCCAAAUGAAAUCUAGGAAGUGCCCUCACUGCAGGAGCGGCAAGUUCCAACUGCGCCGUGAACAUAACAGUAAGCUGAUCAUCACAAUGCCAUCAGUACCAAUCGGCGUGGAGACCCUUGAUGAUGAUCUGUUGGCUGGAAAGAGAGUCUACAUGACGGCUAGCACUGCUAGAGAACACAUGAUGAAACUGUGGGAAAAAGAAGGUUUCUUCUUGAAGUGUCUGUUCGCUGGGUUGGAGGAUGAGACGACGUCAAUGGAAGGAGAGGGAAGGUUCUCUCCGGACCUCUUCUUCCUGGACCUUAUGGUGGUCCCACCCUGCAGGUAUCGUCCAAUCAAUCGACUGGGUGACCAGAUGUUUACAAAUGGUCAGACGGUCAACAUGCAGGCCGUCAUGAAGGACUGUGGAGUCGUUAGUAAACUUCUGGCUCUCAUAGCAGGGGAGAAAGCAAAGCAGGAGGAGGAGCCGGAGGAGCAGCAGCAGCAGGCUCCUGAAGAGACGGACCAAUCGUUUCUGGUUGGCAUCCCCGGGAUAACCAUAACGGAUAAACUCUACAACUCCUGGGUGCGACUACAGACCCACAUCAACAUAGUCUUCGACAGCGAAUUGGACAAAAUGAUUGUGGAGAAAUACCCUGGAAUCAGACAGAUUUUGGAGAAGAAGGACGGAUUGUUCCGGAAACACAUGAUGGGAAAACGAGUGGACUAUGCCGCGCGAUCUGUCAUCUGUCCAGACAUGUACAUCGAGACCAACGAGAUCGGCGUACCUAUGGUGUUUGCCACCAAGCUGACCUACCCGCAGCCCGUCACCCCGUGGAACGUGAAGGAGCUCCGCCAGGCCGUGCUCAACGGACCCAACGUCCACCCCGGCGCGUCCAUGGUGAUCAACGAGGACGGCAGGCAAACCAUCCUCUCGCCCGACAGCCUCGUGCAGAGGGAAGCCAUCGCCAAGCAACUGCUGACGCCCUGUCCCGGUCCACACAAGAUGCCCAUCAAGAUAGUGAAUCGCCACAUAAAGAACGGAGACAUCUUGUUGCUCAACAGACAGCCAACUCUGCACAGGCCCUCCAUACAAGCCCACUCUGCACGCAUCUUACCAGGAGAGAAGGUACUGAGGCUCCACUACGCCAACUGCAAGGCGUACAAUGCUGACUUUGAUGGCGAUGAAAUGAACGCGCACUUCCCUCAAAGUGAGCUGGCCAGAGCGGAGGCCUACACGUUGCUCAGCACGGACCAGCAGUACCUCGUCCCAAAGGAUGGUAAACCUUUAGCGGGUCUAAUCCAGGACCACAUGGUGUCUGGUACGAGGAUGACGAUACGAGGCUGUUUCUUCACCCGGGCCCAGUACAUUGAGCUGGUGUACAGGGGUCUCACGGACAAACCGGGCCGAAUUGAAAUGCUGCCGCCGGCCAUCUUCAAACCCCAGCCGCUGUGGACGGGGAAGCAGGUGGUGUCCACUCUCCUGCUGAAUGUCAUCCCAAAGAAUGCGGUGCCUCUCAACCUGGCGGGCAAAUCCAAAAUCCCCAGCAAAGCAUGGAUCCAAGUCCCACCACGAGCUGCUCCAGGGUACUGUCCCGACAGCAUGUGUGACUCAGAGGUGGUGAUUCGUCAGGGCGAGCUGUUGGUGGGGGUUCUGGACAAGGCGCACUACGGCUGCUCGGCCUACGGUCUGGUCCACUGCUGCUACGAGCUGUACGGAGGGAAGACCAGUGGCAAGCUGCUCAGCUGCCUGGCUCGACUCUUCACUGCCUACCUGCAGCUGUACAGAGGCUUCACGUUGGGUGUGGAAGAUAUCCUGGUGAAAGCGGGCGCCAACAAGCGAAGGAAAAAAAUCAUUCAAGAAUCCCUGAAGAUUGGCACCAAAGCCCUCCAGGCCGCGUUCAACCUGCCCGCCACCGUGGGUCAGGCCGAGGCCCGGAGCCGUUGGCAGGACGCUCACCUCAACCCGGACCAGAAAGACUUCAGCAUGGCCGACCAGAAGUUCAAAGAAGUGGCCAACCAAGUGAACAACGACAUCAACAAGGUGUGCAUGCCCGUCGGACUCCACACCUCUUUCCCAGACAACAACCUCCAACUGAUGGUCCAAUCAGGAGCCAAGGGAUCUACUGUAAACACCAUGCAGAUUUCAUGUCUACUAGGUCAGAUCGAGUUGGAGGGCCGCAGGCCUCCACUGAUGCCUUCUGGGAAAUCCUUGCCGUGCUUCCAGCCGUAUGACCCCUCCCCCGGUGCCGGGGGCUUUGUUUCUGGAAGGUUUCUCACGGGCAUCAAACCACAGGAGUUUUUCUUCCAUUGUAUGGCUGGCAGAGAGGGACUGGUCGACACCGCCGUGAAAACAUCCAGAUCAGGAUACCUGCAGAGAUGUGUCAUCAAGCAUCUGGAGGGCCUGGUGGUGCAGUACGAUCUGACGGUGAGGGACAGCGAUGGGUCCGUGGUCCAGUUCCUGUACGGCGAAGACGGACUGGAUAUCCCCAAGACGCCGUUCCUGCAGCAAAAGCAGUUGUCUUUCAUCGAGGACAACUACAAGGUCAUCAAGUGUUCCCAGGGCCUGGACGAGGUGUUGGCCCGCCUGGACCCUCAGGCUGCCAACCGGCACUUUGCGUCCAUCCAGAGCUGGAAAGCAAAGAGAGAGGGGGCGUGUCCGCGCAGAGGAGCGUUUUUGCUGUUUUCUCAAAAGAAGUUGGCCAAGCUGAAGAAGACUGCAGAACCAACGAAUCCAGAUUGCUACGGCAGAAAUGAUGCAGAGUCGCAGCUCAUCGAGAUGUGGCGCUCCCUGGACGAGCCGAACCGAGCGAAAUACAGCCGCAAGACCUCCCGCUGCCCCGGGCCCUCCCUGGGCCUGUUGAAGCCCGACGUCUGCUUCGGCUCCGUGUCGGAGACCUUCCACAGCAUCACCGAGGAGUACCUUCAGAACGAGGCCGGGCGGAGCCGAGACGCCGUGGACACCCACAGCCUCCGGCAGCUGUUGCUCUACAAGUGGCAGCGUUCGCUGUGCGAUCCGGGCGAGGCGGUGGGCCUGCUCGCAGCCCAGUCCAUCGGCGAGCCGUCCACCCAGAUGACCCUCAACACCUUCCACUUCGCCGGCAGAGGAGAGAUGAACGUGACCUUGGGAAUACCCCGACUCAGAGAGAUCCUGAUGGUGGCCAGCUCCAACAUUAAGACCCCCAUGAUGAGCAUCCCAGUGCUAAAGACCAAGAAAGCCCUAAAGAGGGCCAAGACACUCCGAAAGAGACUCACCAGAGUCUGCCUGGCUGAGGUGCUGCAGAAGGUGGAUGUGGUAGAAACUUUGCGGAUUGAAAAGAACGAAAAGCUUCGGUUGUUCAAAGUCAGCUUUCAGUUCCUGCCUCCAGAGCGUUACAGUGACGAUAAGCUGCUGUCACCCCAAAAGAUCCUCCACUACAUGGAAACUAGGUUUUUCCGUCUCCUGCUUGAAGCCAUUAAGAAGCGCAGUGCUAAGCUGGCGUCCCUCGCCAUGGAAACGAGGAAGGCCUCCGCCAGAGACCGGGACCACGACGACGAUGGACCAGCCGAACCAGCAGGGUUGGAGGACGGCGAGGAAGAAGUGGCGCCAGAGGUCGUUGAUGACCAGGCGAACGAAGGAGACGCCGACGCUUCGGACGCCAAGCGCAAAGGCAAACAGGAGGAGGAGGUAGACUAUGAGAGCGAGGAGGAGGACAGAGUUGACGAUGCCGAGGAUAAAGAAGAUGAAGAUGAGGAGGAGGAGGAUGAAGCUGCUGCGGCCGCGACCGCGGCUGAGGAGCCAACGCCAGAGGUGUCCCAGCUGGAUGUUUCACAGCAGUUGUCCACGAGGGGAAAAGGAAAGGGAAAGGCGACGAGAAGGACGAAGCAACCGGGAAGUUACUCCGAGGAGACGUUGGAUCAGAUGAGGACCAACUCCGUCCUGGGGUCCAACCCGGCAAUAGAGCAAUACCGCUAUGAUCAGCAGCAUGAGCUUUGGUGUGAGAUUGACCUGGUCCUACCGGUGUGCAAAGUGCACUUUGACCUCACUUCGGUGCUGUCGGCGCUGGCUCACAACGCCGUCAUCAUGGAGACCAAGGGCUUGACGCGCUGCCUGCUGGGAGAAACCACGGCGAAGAACGGAGAGAAGGAGACGGUUCUCAACACGGAAGGCAUCAACAUGCAGGAAAUGUUCAACUACGGUGAUAUCUUGGACAUCAACAGACUGUACUCCAACGAGGUCCACGCCAUGGCAAAGACGUAUGGGAUUGAAGUGGGCCUGAAGGUCAUAGAGAAGGAGAUAAAAAAUGUGUUUGCCGUCUAUGGUAUCGAGGUGGACCCCAGACAUCUGUCACUGGUAGCAGACUACAUGUGUUUUGAAGGCGUCUAUAAGCCGUUGAACCGGCACGCCAUCCAGUCCAACCCCUCCCCUCUGCAGCAGAUGACCUUCGAGACCAGCUACAAGUUCCUCAAACAGGCAACCAUGCUGGGGUUACAUGAUAAGCUGGAGUCCCCUUCAGCUUGCCUCGUGGUGGGAAAGAUAGUCAAAGCUGGAACGGGACUGUUUGAGCUGAAGCAGCCUCUGCAGUAGGAGGAGACGCGGUCCAGAAGUCCGGUUGGAUAGAUGUGGCAAAUAAGGACUCUUCAUGUGGACUGACAUGAUCCCACAGCUUCUAGUUCUGCUGACUCUAAAGCCCACGACCCCCUCGUUCUUUCACAAAUAUACAAGAAUAAUACAUUUGAUCUCCGUUCUUACUACUGUGGUGGAUGUGACGCGUCUCCUCAUGCCAAAUGUCCUCUAAUAUUUGUUUUAUUAUUACUUUUCAAUCAUUUGAGAAUGAAUACAUGUAAAACAAUGACAGCUCUGUGUUUAGCAAAUGAAGGCACUGAGCAGUCACUGUAUUUUAUAAAAUGACGUAUUUCUUCACAUUGCUAGAAGCAACAAUUCAUUAGACAAGCAAGCCGUUUCUUUUUAUAUUUAAUAACAAUAAACGUAUACAUGUGUACGAAACAA